GAAGACACGACAGGGAGGAGCUGGAGCGAGAUGAGAUGGUUGUGCAGGGAGGACCGUUCAGUGGGAGGAAAAGCUCGGCCCUCAGUUUCGUUUCUGUGGAGUAUGCAGCGUUGAGGAAGCUGGUGAGGUGACGCUGGUGGUCCUCCACUGAAAGGUUUACAGCCUCCACCAUGUCGGACGCGCUGUCAGCGUACAUUGUCAGGACCCUCUGUCAGCAUGGAGGCAGUCUGGAUUUUAAAUGUCUGGGUCAGAUUUUGCGUCAGCGUUUCACCGUUGUGGAUGAAGUUCUGCUGAAAGUGCUCACAGACUUCGACAAGUUCGUCGUUGUGGAAGGUAAAGAGAAGAAGGGAGACUUUCUCCUGAGUCCCGACAGUGUGGUCAUAGCAAAGACGUCUUUAAGAGUCUGCCGGACUCUGCCUGGUCAGUGUGGUUACUGUCAGGAUCUGCACCUCUGCAGGUAUUUUGUGUGUGGAAACUGCAGAUUUGGGGCGAAAUGCAAAAACUCCCAUGCCGUAGAUUCUCCUCACAACUCGGUUAUCCUGAGUGAAGAAGGCCUGCAGCACCUGGAGAAGUCAGAACUUUUUCAGCUGUUGCUGCAGAAUGACCCUUACUUACUGCCCGAGGUGUGCUCCCAUUAUAAUAAAGGGAACGGAGAACAUGGCAGUUGUAAGUACGAGACGUCCUGCACCAACCUGCACCUCUGCCAGCACUUCCUGCAGGACGACUGUAAAUUUGGAGCUGAUUGCAAGCGGGCUCAUUCAUUUGAUGCUACCACUGUGAAAAUCCUGAAUGGCAGAGGACUCAGCCCAGAAAACAUCAGCAAUUUCUGCAAGAUUUACAAAAACAAGUUUCUGAUUUCUUCAUACAAAGAAAAACCAGCUGUUCUGCCUGAUACAGAAAAAACAGCUGCUCCCAGUGCAGUGUCUCCAGCUGCAAGUGAGAGUUCAAAGCAGCCCUCCAGCAGGCCAGUGAGUGAAAUUGACUCCAAAGAGAUCUGCCUUUUCUUCAUCCGAAGAGGAUGCAGCUUUAAAGAUAAGUGUGUUCGCAUUCAUUACCAUCUGCCUUAUAAAUGGCAGGUUUUAGAUAAGGAUGGAAAGACAUGGACAGACUUGCAGAAUGGAGAGGAAAUUGAGAAGGCCUUCUGUAAUCCAGCCAAUGAUGUGAGUCCAGGGCCUCAGGUAGUGAACUUCAUCACGAUGACCUGUGGAGGAGCAUCAGUUCGCCGUCUGUCUACAGCAUCUUCUGUUACCAAGCCUCCUCACUUCAUUCUGACCACUGAGUGGAUCUGGUAUUGGAAGAAUGACCAAGGAGCAUGGACUGAAUAUGGGCAAGGGAUGGAUACAAAGCAUGCAACCCCUCUCACCUCUCAGACGCUGGAGAAUGUUUACCAUGCUGACCCUCACUGUGAAAUUCCUGUCAGUUCUGAGAACCAUACAUACAUACUCUACUUAAAAGAUAUGUACCAGCAAAAUGUUCUCUACAAGACCAAAAGAGAGAUUCGGAGGAGGCCUCGAUUCGUCUCUACUCUCGAGGUUGAGAGCAAGCUGAAAUGCGAAACCUCCAGCUCCUCCUCUGUGGUAGUUCCUGCACACUGGGAUAGAGGAGCCCUGCCUGACUUCUCCUACAAGUUGGUUCCCUUGUCUAGGGCUGAUGCUGAAUUUGUCAUGUUAGAGAAGAUGUUUAAACAGACCAUGCCCAAACACACUGUCAUCAGCAUUCAGAGGAACCAGAACAGCUCUCUGUGGAAGGUAUUUCAGUGGCAGAAAGAGCAGAUGAAGCAGAAGAAUGGAGGGAGAGACGCAGAUGAGCAACUCUUGUUCCACGGCACAGAUCAGUCUGUAAUAGAGGCCAUCUGUGAGCAGAACUUUGACUGGAGGGUGUGUGGAGUUAAUGGCACAUUGUAUGGCAAAGGGAGUUAUUUUGCCAGAGAUGCCUCCUACUCUGAUAAUUAUGCUAAGUCUGUGGAAAAUUCCAAAAAGAUGAUGUUUGUGGCACGAGUUCUGGUGGGUCACUACACCCGUGGCCAGAGUGAAUUUGUCCGUCCACCUGCUAAAACGCCAGGCAAAGGCUUCUAUGACAGCUGUGUUGACAAUAUAAGUAGUCCAAGCAUUUUUGUUAUCUUUGAAAAGUACCAAAUCUAUCCUGAAUUCAUCAUUGAGUAUGGCCCUGAGGAGUCCAGAUGUUUGAUUUCUUGAGUGCCUGCAGCAUCAGAGGUUACGAGGUUUUAUAAUAGUGCUAUUACAGCAGGUGUUGGUAAACUACUAAGUGAAAAAUCAUGGGAAACAUUGAUAUUUUAUAAAUCCUCUUUAAGGAAACAAAACUUUGUAACUCCAUUGUUUUUCUUCAUUUUUAAACCACUUAAACACCUGUUGUCAUUUACAUUUUAUCAGCAUUUUUGGAUAAAUGGUCUAAUGGGUCCUGAAAUAAAAUCUCAGCCUAGUAAUGUACAUUAAAGAGAAUUUUUUUUCAAAAUUUCUGUAUAAUUAAAUUGUUGAUGUAAACAAAGUCAUUCAGAGUGGUUUGAUGUGAAAUAGUCAUUGUAGAUAAACUUUUUUAUUUAUUUAAAAUAAAUAAAAUUUUAGAUUUAUUCACAGUACUGAUUGGAUAGGAACCAGGGGUCACAAUGUCUACAAUGGCAGUAUUUGUAACCAUUUUAUGUCAUAACUUUCCGUGAGGUAGCUUUUGAUUCGUUACACUCUGGAAGGGCUAUGAAACAGUUUGGACUUGAUAACUUUCUUUAGAAUAGAGCACACUUGGAAUUUCCUGGUUUACUUCUUAACUUCUCAAAAUUGGUGAAGUUGCCCUUUGAGACCAUUUUUCCUCCUCCUAUAAAGUUACUGUUUUAGACAUACAAAGUUUUGUUACUACAGCAGUGAUAUGCAUGAGCUUAGUGUAUACGCUUACUGACAUAAACUAGAUACAAUGUUUUGUACUUCAUUAAAGAAUAUAAAAUAUAUAACAAUAAUUAGAGCCUUAAAAGUGCCUUAAAUCAUCUUCAGCUGUUUAGCACAAAAAAUGCUGAUUCCUCAUAUCAGUGCAUGAAGUGGCAUAUGUAUACUGUGUAACCAGUUACUGAACUGUCAGAUUGCCUGUGUGAACCUGAUUACUUAUGUAAACUACAUGUGAAUAAUUUGCUGGUUUCCUGUAUAUCAGGAUGUAUCUGUAUUAACAAUGAAUUUCUGAAUGAAUAUGAAGUAACUGAUGAAGGAGAUAUUUAAUUUUUUUUGUCAUAAGUGAAUGAUUAAACACUGAAAAUUCAGAUUUCCUCAGUAACUCUUUCAUUUUGAUGCUAUGUAUCAAAUUCAUUUUCAUCAUUUGUAAUAUAUUUGCAUGAAAUGUCACAAGUAAAGGUGAAGUUAAAGCCCCAGGGAGCUAAAA